GUUUCCUUUGAAAAUUUUGGACAGCACAGCAACUGCUAAACAAAAAUGAAUUUAGUUUCCCGAUAUAACCCCACUGGUUAGUUAAUGUGAAUGGAGAGGAAACCCUCACGCUUACAGAGAGUUACACAAACCCACGGCACCUGAAAAUAUCAUCACAGGCACUGCAGCUUCCCUUCUACAAAAUUUCGGGCCUCAAAUAAUUCAGUCUCUCAAAGCAAUAGAAAUUACAGUUUACAGAGAAUAACUGCACAAAGAAAUUUACCUGCUUUGGUUGCAACCUGUGUCUUGUCGCUGGUUCAAAUACGACGAAUUUGAAGAAAACCCAAAAUCGUCGUUUUAGUUUGCCCUAAAAUUCGUACGGAAAAGGGGCUUAGGGUUUGAUCAAUGUUUCUUCUAGAAGUCUCUGUUGUGCGAGAGUUUACAGUAAGCAGGUGUUUACUGGUGGUGGCCGCCAUUGUUGCAGAGUCCAGAGGCUAAAAAGAGUGACUUGAGUGCGCCGUUUGAAGUAGAGACUAGUGACAACUGCAAGCAGUAAGACUUUCCUGGAUUUGUUGAGCAGAGAUAGGGAUCUGGGAAAACGUAUCAAAAGGCGGAAGGGGGAAGAAGAGUAUAGAGCACUGAAGUCCGUCUGGCAUAUUUUUAGUGGAAAGGAGAAAAGAAAUAACCGACCUAAUCUGAUUGCGUCUUGUGACGAGUUUUUUAUGGGAUAAGACGAAAGGAAAAAGACAGAAAUUUUCAGAAGAGAAGAGACUUUAGUCAUUAGUUUGUGUAAGAAUUUUUUAAAUUUUGAGAAGAGAAGAGACUUUAGUCAUUAGUUUGUCUAAAGAGAGAAAAAAUGACAACAGUGAAGAAAGCUGUACAGACGGUGUUGCUGCCAUUGCAACUUAGCCUUGGAAUUUUCCUGAUCAUGAAGACGACACCUCUUUGGGCGGUCAUUCAUUGUACCCUUGCCUACUUGCUCGACUGCCUCUAUUUCCCUUACACAGAUUACAAACAGCUCCAUGGAUUUAAAGGUCGAGUCUUCAAAAAAGUGGUCUCUCAUGCCACUACUGCAGGAGAUGUGUCCAAAGCAAAAAAGCAGAAGGUUCCUAACAAACCUAAAAAUCUUGGGGAGUUGAUCGCAAAUUCUGAGAUGGGUAGGUCAGUCUCAGUGGUCUACCUGGGUCAGAGUUUUGAACUACAGCGAAUGGAAGGAGACAAGAUGCAAGUGAAGAUUGGAUUUGAGCGAAAGGAUGGAGAGAAGAUUUCAAUGAAGGUCGGGCCUGCAUAUUACAUCACAGAUAAAAUGUGGGAAACUGUGCAGUACAUUGGAAAUUUGCCUCCAGAGACCGUGUUUGUGAAAAACCAUAAAGAGAUAUGGGAAGAAGUGAUCGCGGGCGAUAUUAUGGAGUUUGAAGAAGUGCUUGAUUCAGUAAUAUUGGAUAACCGUGCGGUUGUUCGUCUGGACCAUGAUUACUUUCUGCCUAUCAACUUAUUAUUGGCGGAAGAUAAGUUGCAGAGGACUUUAAAUUUUGUGGGUUUGUUCCUAAACACUCAAAAGCAAAUCCAUUGGCUCAUUCCUGCAUGUCUAAGCUUUACAGCGGUAGUAAUGGGGUUCAGCACAACACUGAGGCUGUCUAUCAUUGACUGCAUCAGUAAAAUCUUUUGUAGAGGAGUACAGUUUCUGUGUGACCUGCUCCCAUUGGCAAUGAGGAGGUCGGCAUAUUCUUGGGGAAGCUGGGUGGACCGCUUGAAGCCCAGUAAUGACUUCCGAUCAAAGAUUGUUAAGGGCGAUGUAGUCGUGCUCCUUGCUGGAGGUGCAAAAUUUGACUCUAAAUCUCAGAUUCAGCGUAUAAUAUUCGCUGACUGCUUGCCAUUGGUUGAUGAGAUUUGCUCUGUAGGUGGCCCAUUUUUGUUCAGAUCUGACCCAAACUGUGACUCAAACCAUGAUUCAAACUGUGACUCAUUUUAUAUUGAGUGGAUCUUUGACAAUACUAAAUGUUCGUUAAAAGCGGGCCGUGUCGCAUCGAACGAGACAAGGUCGUCGUUAACAGAGGUUGAAACUUUUAUUGAAUGUGGUGAUGGACAUUGUAGCACGAAGAAAGCUAUAAAAUUCCUCAAAUCUGGUUGUUGCAUGGCAAACAAAUCAUCAAUGGCAGAUGGUAGUCACACUGCAUCAGUGGAUAUCGAUUGUUGCAAGGCAAAGGAAUCGUUAAUGGCAGAUGAUAUUCAUACUGCAUCACUGGAUAUAGAUUGUAGCUCUGAGGAGGCCAUAAAACUAUUUAUAUUUGUUUCUUACAUGGCAGAGCUACAGUCAGGCUCAUUGAAAUCUUAUGACAGCAAUUCUAAGACUGUGUAUGUCCGCCGUUUCAUAGAGUCGAUCAACGCAUAUGUCAGAAGCGGCUAUCCACCACUCCAAAAAUUAGAGUUGAAGGGUGUAGUUGUCCGCUGAUAUUACUCUACUCCGUCAGGAGAUGCCCAAAUUUCUGUUGUAAUAUAGCUAAAUGAAUGUGUAUUAGAUUGUUAGAGAUAAGAAAUGUUAUGUAACAGGUGUCCCACCACUUUGGAGGAUGUAGUUGUUCUACUAAUAUAACUUUAGUAGAGGAUAUCUUAUUCAAAUUCUCCUGUUAGCAAUUAUAGUACUCUAAUUGCUAAUGAAAAUAGUGUUUUUCUGCAUUGAACAGUUUUAAAAUACAAAAGAAUAAACAGAUUUCAGUUAUAGUU